AUGACGCUCAGCACUAGUUUUUCUCCCUGGACAAUCAUUAAGAAGCUCACGGCGAGUGAUAUUGGUAGUUUGAGCCGGCUCUUGGUGCAACAAAGUCUUGUCCGCCAACAUAUUCUGCCAUUCUUUGGUACAGACUCGGUUGCAAAGAUCGAGAGUAACGGAUUGAGUGUAACAGUUUUCGAUCAAGAUUCACAGUCCGAGUAUGAGUUGGUUUUCAAGAAGUGGCCUUCAUUUAAGAGCUAUGUUUUCAAUGGAAAAUGGCACAAGAAUUUUGUGGCUAGGAGGGAAUUGAAGGUGGGAGAUAUCAUUGGGCUUUACUGGGAUCCAUGCCAUUCAAAGUUCAAUUUUUGUGUUCUGCAAAGGGCUCCUCAUCAUCAGAUGUAUUAA